AUGUGGGAAAUCUACAAGGGACCCGUAAGAACUGUGUGGUUAGCUAGAAAUGAUUUAUUUGAAAAAAUAUUUAGCCCUUCUACAAAUAAUGCAUUUCUUAUUCGUUCAGUAUCAAAUUCUGGUCUUGAGGAAUUUAAUACUACUAAGAUUGGUAUGACGUUUAAUAACGAUUUAAAGGAAUGGUCUUAUAAUCGUAAAUUUAUGAAUAAGGCUAUUAUGUCACCUAAUUUCAUUAAACAAGUCGUUGAAGGAACUCAAGAUAUUUUUGAAGGGAUGGAAAAAUGUUGGCAAAGUCUUUGGAAAAAUCUUGGAAAUGAUCAAAUUUUUGAUAUACAGAAAUGGAUAUUACUUGCUACUUCCGAAUCUAUUAUUUUUUUGACAUCACACAAAAGAGCUUAUUCUGUAAUCGAUUAUUAUAACAAGUUAUUACCUACCAAAAAAUUUGAUACCCCUGUUGGUGCAAUAGAAGAAUCUGAAAAUUAUAUUGCAAGAAUAAGAAACUAUAUUAGAGCUAUGGAAUUUUUUUUCACUACCCCAAAAAUUAUUCGAAUUCUUCCUGGUGUUCGACAAUAUGCUCGAAGUUUGAUUAAUAAUAGAGAUUUGCUAUACAAAUAUUUAACUAGAAUAAUUCAGGAACGCAGAAAAGAGAUCGAAAAAACUUCUGAUAAAGAAUCUUUGACAUCAGAUUUAUUAACAUUAUUCUUGACUGCUAAUACAUCUCUCGAUAUAUCGAAUGUCGCAAAUAGUAUUACUUUUAUCAUCUAUUAUCUGGCACAUUAUCCUAAAGUAAAAGAACGUGUGGUUAAAGAGUUAGAAACUGUCUUUGGACAUGAUCCAAAUUAUCGUUUCACUUCAGAAGACUUGACUAAAUUAAAAUAUUGUGAAGCUGUUAUCAAAGAAGCUCCAACAACUUUUCGUACAUCAACUAAACCUGUCGAAAUAGAUGGUCACCUUUUCCCUGCAAAUUUACAAUUUUUCAUUUAUAUUGAGGGUGCUAAUAACCAUCCUCGACAUUGGACUGAUCCAAACAUCUUCAAUCCAGACCGAUUUCUUGAUGGUUCAAAUAAAACUAUCAACACUUUUGGUGGUGGAUUACGCAUGUGCCCAGCUUUGUUGGAAACCCAGAAAAUAGUUUUUGCAUUAUUUAUACAAGAAUUAUUGUAA